AUUUUAUCUUAUUGUAUUGUAAAUAUCAUUUUUGUAUGUAACAUUCUGGGAAAUAAAUUUAUUCCUUAAUCAAUUUUUAUAAUUGAGAUUUCAUCUGAAUAUUCAUUAUUAGGUAAAAACUUUUCAGUAUUCCUUUUUUCUCUCUCCAUGAAAUUUUUUCUUCUAUAUCUCCCCAUCAAAUAAAGUGUUGUAUUUUUAUUGUUAUUUUUCCUUCGAGAAAAAAACAUUCAUUAUGUAAGUGAUAGAGAGAGUUAUUUUCCAAGUAUUAAAGUGUAAAUUAAAUCUGUUACUUCUGAUUUUCAGACUCUCUACGACGCAAAUGUGACUCCUGGCUGUGAUAUGACCCCUGUAGCAGCCCUCACCAAGCUUGCCUAUGUUCUUUCCAAAACUGAAUGGGAUGUAGAAACGAAGCGUGUUAUGAUGAAAAGCAACAUCAGAGGAGAACUGACAGGUGAGAAGCCACCCCAACUCCAGGAGUGGGACCUGAUUGACUCGGUGUCUCGGUCGCUGCAUCUUUCAUCACAUGAUGUCGAGCAGCUAGACUCCAUUUUGUUUCCAGCCAUGUUGUGUUCUGCCGUCCAGAACUCAGACAUCACCAAGUUGACUGAACUCAAAGGAUAUGUGAGUGUGUCAAAAACUAUCAAUAAUAGUCCUAUAAGAAUGAUUUUUAUAAUUUGAUAUCUAUUUAUUUUUUAUUUAUUCACAAAAGGUAACUAUCUAGAAGUAUAUUAAGCCUAUAGUGAUGUCCACGUUAUAAUGGCAGUAUUUAAUUAGCAAUGGUAUUGCUAUUCUUUGUCUAUCAUCCAACAAAGCAGAUAGUACUAUCUCUUUCUCGCUUUGCUCUGUUGCCAGAUCGUCUUCUAACGAUGUAGAAUUAAUCCAUCUUAGUUAUGAAAUUAUUGAAAAUUAUAAUUUCUUGCUUAAUGAAAUAUAAUUGAUUAUUUUAAUCGAUAAUGAACCGUUAAUAUUACAUCAAUAAACCUCUAUCAGCUACCGUCUAUAGAAGGCAUUGUCAAGACAAAGGAUCGGCAACGUUGAUCUCCUAUAUUUCUCCACUACCAUUAUAAUGUGGACCUCACUAUAGGCCAUAGGUAUAGGUCGUUUACUAAACUGAAAGUAUAUGUGAGUGUGACAAAAACUAUCAAUAAUAGUCCUAUAAGAAUGAUUUGAUAGUUAUUUUUAUAAUAAUAAUAGAUUUGAUUCCUUUUGGUUUACAACAUUAUAUAAUAAAAUGGAACAUCUACACAAAUACAAUUGUCAAUAAAAUAAAAUCCUUCAAUUCAACAUGGCAUUACCUCAAGCUCUUACCAUACAAUUACUGGAAUUGUUUAAUACAGAGUACACUAAAGAUACAAUUUAACACUGACUGAGAAUAUCAACAAACAUAAUGAACACAUAAAGCUUUCAAGUUAUU